AUGGCUAAAAAAUUGCAAGAGCGAGCCCAAAAAAGCAAACUAAAUAUAGAACGCAUCCCAGCGGAAAAGGUAGUACAAAUCACUCGCACUGCUUACUCGCGAGUGCGAACUUUUCGUUUGGAUGAUGCUAGUUGGCAUAAUCUCACCAGUCUACUCGAAAAACUAAACCUGCAAAGCAGUCGCAAAAUCAGUGCCAGCCGCUUAGUAAAAGCUCUAAUUCAGUUAGGAGUAGAAAGUAAAACUGAGGAAGUGUUUCAGGCUCUGAGAGAGAAAAACACUUCAAUUACUAAUAGUGCUGUUCCUCAUAUUCAAGGCCAAUGA